AUACGUCACUGGGGCAAGGAGCGAAUGGUGGAGCUUUCUUUAUAAAGCUCAUCUAUGAUUUGGAUGAAGCAAGCAACUUUUUCCAGAUUUUUGGAAGUGCGCUCUCUGAAUAGUUCUAACAAAACUCCUUUGUUCUAUCCAUUCGAGUCUUCGAAGUCCAAAUAGUUUGUGCAAGAUGUUGAGCCAUUUAUGCGCCAUCGCUUUGUUUUUAUGCAUAGUUGCCACCAGCAUUGACUCUUCUCUCUCUUUCCCAUCCAACCCUACGAUGAGCAUCAGAUCGAAAAGAUCAAUAGACAAUGAAAGUCAAGAAGAAAUUGUUCGAAUCCUGAUGAGACUUGCACAAACUGUUUCUGCUCUUGACUCAGAUGCCAUGAUGCACAGCGACAAACGAGGCAUCGAUCUUGGCUUGUCAAGAGGAUUUUCUGGUAGCCAAGCCGCCAAACAUCUGAUGGGACUGGCUGCCGCCAACUUCGCCAAUGGACCUGGACGCAGGCGCCGCGAUGCCGACAGUCAGUAAGAAACACCGACCAUAUCAGCUUUCAGAUGCUCUAUGUAAAUAAUCCCUUUCAAGCCCUUCUGUUGUUAGAGUGGAAGAAGUAAUGCGUUCUUAGUUCGAUUAUGGAACCUUCUUAUUAAAAUUUGAUUUUUUGUAUGUACUCAUGUAAUUAUACUUUUUUUUGAAUUGUUUAAUUUUUCUUAAAAUAAAAUGUUUCAUUUCCUUA